ACGAGGCGAGGCUCAGCGGGCGCUGCGCGAUACGUCAUUCUCCGGCGGGCGGCGCCGAUUGGCCGCGCCUCGGAGGCGAAGGUGAGCGCAGCAGGCAGUCUGCUCCGGUCAGCCAUGGCGCGCAGGCCGCCGUGCCACCACCAGCACCAACAGCAACACCAGCAGCCGCAGCAGCAGCCGGCGACGACCUGCUGCGCCAAGGGCCACGCCGGCGCGCCCCGGCCGCAGCGGCAGUCGCUGCAGCACCACCUCCCGCACAGGACGUCCCAGGCCGAGCAGCCCACCAGCGAUGACUUCGCCAGGGAGCAGGAGAUCCUGAUGCUGCAACAGUGGCGCCGCGACUGGCGGACGAUCGCGCUGGCCGCGGCGGUCGGCGUCGUGGUGUUAGUCAUCAUCGUCGUCACCUCGUCUCUGCUCAGCGGCGCGCUCGGCGUUCGCGUCAGGGAGGAGGUCGCCACCAUGAACAACAUCUUGUCCGGCUACUACAAAGCGAGGAAAUUCAAUGGAUCCUGGAUUUCAGAUGACAAAUUCUUCUAUCGUGACAAGAGGAACAAUGCUGUACUGUUUGAUUUGCUCAGUAGAAGACAUCAAAUAAUGACAGCAAACCGAUCCUUGAUUUCAACACUGACAGAUCCUGAGUACAGACUUUCACCUGAUCUGAAAUACAUUCUCAUAAUGUACAAUGUGUCACGUCUUCCAAGAUCAUAUGUGGGACAAUACGAAAUUUUUGACAUAGAUCGCCAGGAAAGCUAUCCACUACUGAGUAUGGAGAAGAAUGAAGAUAGGCAUUUGCUAAAUCUAGUUGUUUGGGCACCAGUAGGAAAUGCACUUGCAUAUGUUUAUCAUAAUAAUAUAUAUUAUAGACAAACUGUGGAUUCACAAGAUUACAAGCUCACUCAAACUGGUAUUCCACAUGUUGUGUACAAUGGUGUACCAGAUUCAAAUUACUUGGCAAUUUGGUACCCGAAGGAUGAAGCUAUGUGGUUCUCACCAAAUGGGAAAACCCUGGCAUAUGCAAGUUUCAAUGAUACAUUAGUUCAUACCGUGCCAGUAAUCCAGUAUGGAAGCUUAUACCCUGAAGUGAUUAACAUUCAUUAUCCAAAGCCUGGGACACCAAUACCUGAAGUUUCUGUACAACUGAUUGAUCUGGAUUUGGCAAUGAAAAAUGUUUUGGACAACUCAAAACUUAUUUUACCCCCACAGGAUUUCGAAAACAGAGACCCAAUAUUAUGUGGUGUUACUUGGCCAUCUGAGAAUGAAGUUGUAGUUCUGUGGAAAAAUAGAGUACAGACAGUUGCAAAAAUAAUGGUCUGCAUGAUUGACGAUGGGGACUGCCAUGAGGUUUACACAACAGACAACAGAAAUGCAUGGGUGGAUUUUUAUCAGUUGCCAAUUUUUUCUCCAGAUGGUAAAAUGAUGGUACUGGUUGAUGCCCAUGAACAAGACAACAAUGCUGGACAUUUCAGGCAUGUCACUCUGGUGCAGAUGAAACAGACCCUUCCCAUUGCUAAGCCACUGACAGAAGGAACCUACUCAGUUGUUGAAAUUGUUGACUGGGACCCAUAUUUUCACAAAAUAUAUUUCUUGGCAACUUUACCUGGAAAUUCAGCAGUACUUCACUUGCACAGUGUAUCAGACAAGCCAAAUUUCCCUUAUUAUUCUGUGCAGUGUCUCACAUGUAAUCUCAGUUCUCGAUAUCAUAACGCAAUAUUCAGUAAAAAUCAUUCAUACUACAUUCUUCAAACUCUAGGGCCUGAGGUUCCAGAAACUUACAUAUACAAUAAGGAGCAGAAGAGAUUAAUGGUGUGGGAAGAAAAUAAAGAGCUGAAAGAACGUUUAAGUCUUACUCUUCUCCCAGCAACUAUGAAUCUGCAAGUUGAUGUCCCAGAGGAUUACAAAGCACAGGUCAGGUUGUGGUUACCUCCAACCUGGGAUAUAAGCAAAAUGAAGUACCCUUUGGUUGUAGAUGUGUUCAGUGCACCAUCUUCCUGUGACAUAACAGAUAAAUAUGAGGUGGACUGGCGAACAUAUUUAACAGUAAACAGGAGUGUUGUAUAUGCUGUUAUUGAAGGAAGGGGAUCAGGCUGCAAAGGUGACAGGAUAAUGCAUGAAGUUUAUAGAAAUCUUGGUCAGUUUGAAGUUGAAGAUCAAAUUCAUGUUACAAGGAGACUUUUGGAUAUAUUGAACUUCAUUGAGAGUUCUAAAAUUGCUGUAUGGGGCUGGAAUUAUGGCGGUUAUGUGACAUCACAAAUCAUGGCAAAAGAUAAAGGGAACAUAUUCAAGUGCGGCAUUGCUGUUUCACCCAUAACUAGUUGGCUGCACUACCAUGCCAUGUACACAGAACGGUAUAUGGGCCUUCCUACAGUAGAAGAUAAUCUUGAGAACUACGUUACAUCAGAUGUUCUAAACGAUACUGAGAACAUAAGGAACAAAAAAUUCUUUUUAAUUCAUGGAACAAUGGAUGACAAUGUUAACUAUCAACAUUCUAUGCUGCUUGCUAAAAACCUUCAGAGUAAAAAUAUUCUUUUCAGGCAAAUGAGCUAUGCAGAUGAAAGGAAUGACCUCUUCCAAGCCCGUACACAUCUUUAUAAGACAAUGGAAAAAUAUUUGGAAGAAUGUUCAGUUUUAGAGUGGUAAAGAUAAAGUGUACUGAUGAUCUUCAGCAUAUUUUAAGAACUGUCAUGCGUGUUCAUAGAACUAAAUACAGUCAAAACAUAUUUUUUCUGUCACUCUCAAGAAUCCAAAAGUAGUAAAUGUCUUAGUAACCCUCAUUGCUAAAGCAUGGAGCUACACUUUAUGGGUUCUAUACUUUAACAUUGUCAAAAUAUUGUAAAAAAAUAUGUAAUGGGAAUAUACUCAUAGACAAACUGUAAAUAUAUUUGUAUAAAAGCUAUUGAAAAACCAGCCAAAAGAAAGAGGUCUAAAACAUAAAUUUCUUCUUUUGUAUUCUGUA